AUGGGCGGAAUCAUCAAAACGAACACAUCGAGCCUUCCGAGUAUGCAAUCGUCACCGAGGGGAGAAACCGCCGACACGGCGGAAUCCCCUAAUUUGGCGGCAGAGCCACCGCUGGUAACCACCGUCGGCAGGGCGGAGCUUCCAGAUGAGCUACAGGCGACAUUGAGAAAUGCGCACCCUGGGCCGUUCCACACUCCCAUCCAGAUCGAGGGCCAGUCUCUCGAAGCUCUAGUGGACUGUGGCACGAGCAAGUCCUUUCUCAGGCCCGGAACUAUUGAACUAGUUACGCGGCUAGCGCUACCGACGUUCACCGUACCACCUCGACGAGUCCUCGUCGCGGACGGGCAUGAACGUAUCAUCGAUACAGCCUCAGUCCUCGAAGUGAGGCUUCAGGGUCGAACCGUUCGAGCCAGCUUUUUCUGGAUGCCGGCCUGCAUCCAAACGUGCGUGCUGGGCCUCGACUUCCUACGGGCGGCUCAGAUGGUUAUCGAUUUCGCUAUAGAUACUUGGUACUUCCGAAGCGCUCCAGAGACCAAGCACAUAUUUACCCCCACACUCAUAGCCUCGGGAAUCCUUAUGUGCAACGGACUACAGACUCUCGAGACCGACCAACAACAUCGCCUGCAGGCCUUUCUGAACGAUGUGCUCCCUGAGUCUUCCACUCGACCCGGGCAGACGGAGUUGACGAAACACCGGAUCGAGAUAAUCGAUAGUGCUCCGGUCCGCCAAAAGCAUUAUUCCGUGACCCCGGUUAUUCUCGAAUCCAUGUGGAAGGAAGUAGAUACUAUGUUCGAGGACGACAUUAUCGAACCCUGUCAGAGCGAGUGGGCCAGCCCGGGCGUCAUGGUGAAGAAACCCAACGGCAAGUGGCGCUUCUGCAUCGACUUCUGGAAGGUACACGCAGUCACCAAGAAAGACGCCUACCUGCUCCCGAACAUGACGACGAUCCUAGACCAGCUACGCCAGGCGAACUACAUCACCACCUUGGACUUGAGUCAGGCGUACUUCGAGAUAUGA